AUGGCUACAGCGAGCAGCUCCGGGCAGAGCGCAUUCGGGCUCGGGAGGAAGAAGAAGAACCCAGGAGUCAUGGAUCAGAUUAGCAAAUUCUUUGCGGGAGACAAAAAGAAGAGGAGCAAGGGGUCGUUCCGGGGUCACCUGGCCUCCUCGCCCCAGCAAUCCUCCGCUAAACGCCGGACCAAUGAAAACGCUGUGGUGCAUUUCUUCAGGAGCAUUGUUUCCUCUCCUCGUCCUAAAUCCAGGUGGAGAGAUGUCUUGGGCUUGGCCUCGUCGCCGCGUCCCGAAGGCGCAAAGUCGCCGGUCAGGAGACGCAGAGACCAAAGCACACUGUCCCGAAUCUUCAACCUGGGAGAAACCAAGUCCCGUCCACCCCCCAAACGCUGGAGCACCAUCUUCUGA